AUGGUCAUCCUGUACAGCAGCAGUGAGUGGUUGGAGGUGCUCUCCAGGUACGCUGGGACUGUUUGGCCGCACAUUUGGGGCAAAUGGCUGGCCUCUUCACUGUAUUCGAUUGCAGCCUACCUCUUCGCCCUUGAGACCGGGCUGCAGUUUGGCACGGAACAUCAUUCAAUGCUGCUGCCUCUCUCGGUGACCUUCCUCCUGAUCUUCCGCGCGAACGAGGCCUAUGCCAGGUACUGGCUGGGGCGGUCCACCUUGUCGAACUACAUCUCUGAAGUCCGAGAAGUGCUGUUGCUGUCGAUCAUUUAUGUGCGUGGUGGGCUCGAGUCCUCAAUCCAUCUGUUCCAUCAAGGACCUGGGGUUACUGUUCCGUCUUCUGUCAAGCCUGACCACUACGACGAGAAGGCGAGGAGCUAUCGAGUCGACGUCGCACGCCUGAGCGUGGCUCUGGCCGUCGCAUUCAAACUGCACACGAGCAUCGCCCUGGACGGAUACUGUUUCGGCAGUAUUGACAAGGAAGCCAAGUGGUUCCUAGACUGGGACAGGUUAAGAUUGUUACAGCUUCUGACAGAGGAGGAGUUCGAGAUUGUGAACCGAUGCAUUGGCUUGGGAGAGGAUGAGUCAGUGCCGGAGACUCGACGUCGGCUAGCGAGCCAGUUCCACAACGCGCGGACCUUGGAGGGGCCUCCCAGUUCUUGGGACGAGGAGUUUCCUGUGCGAUUUGAUCAAUUUGUCCGCGUGCCGGUUGCUAUCGUCUGGUUCCUCAGAGAGGUGCUUUUCAGGAACAUGAACGACCCUUUCAACACUCAGCCUUGGGGUAUCAAGGAUCGCUUUGUGGGCGCCUUGGUCCAUUUGCUCGGUGGCAUUUUGGAGUCCUUCGAGACGGCGCAUAUGGUCUGUACGACACCCAUCCCGUUACCCUAUGCGAACUUGUGCAAGACCUUGUUAUGCUUCUACAUGAUCUCUGCUCCUUUUUUCGUGGAUUCGAGCCGGGGUUGGUUUGCAAACACGGUGGUGCCCUCCGUAAUCUCCUUCGCCUUGCUGGGCGUGGACUCCAUCGCCACAGAGCUCGAGAAUCCCUUCGGGGACGACGUGAACGACUUGGACCAACUGGAGCAGGUGCAUAUCCUUGAGCGCGAGGCUAUGGAGCUCCUGAGACAGUCAGGGGAUAUUAGAGGCUGCAGCGUCUUCGGCUGGCAGGAGGUUCCGGACUUUGUGAGCAACAAGUGCUGCCGCAGUCUGAAGACGCAGCUGGUGGUCAAAGACCUCGCCCAGUUGCAGGUGAUGCCUCUUGUCGCCGAGGAGGACGUGGUGCCUGCAUGGCUGCUGGACAGAAAGGAGGAGUCCCGGCAGAAGGCGGCAGCCUGGACGCCUGCACUGCACAAGGUCAUGGCCGACUGGUGCAAGAACCUACCACUUUACCGGUUGUCCGUGAGCCUCUUGAAAAGUGAUUGGGUGAGAGCAUUGCUCGUCUUCUGCUUCAGCCCACUGGUGCCCGUGGUGCUGGCUCUUUCCUGCUUGAACCAGAAGGUUCGCAAGUGGCGGGGCCUCCCGACAAUCACCUACGAGGCAGAGGAAUCGGUCGCUCUGGCACCGAACAGUGACGCGGAGCAGCUCUGGCUCACGCAGCGAGUCUCCUUCCAGGUGGAGGCAAUGCGUUUGGACUGGGACUGGAUCUCCAUCUUCAUGAAGAUGUAUGUCUUCGGUCUCCUCAUGCUCCUCUACGUGACUUUUCCUAUCCUGCUGAACAUCUUCCUCUCCUGGCUCAGCUCGGCACUUCAGGGCUUUGACUUCGGCUUGGUGUGCCUCUGCAUCGUUGUAGCAGGCAUGUGCUGCUUUCUUCUGCCUCCGGUGCCCGGCGUGCCUGUCUACCUUUUCGCCGGCAUCAUCAUCGCGGAUAAGUGUCCCCUGGGCUUCGAGGCCGGUGCGGGCAUCGCCAUUGCCGUGGGGUUCAUUCUGAAGCUCAUGGCUUGUGCCAUGCAGCAGAAGCUCAUCGGGGAGCGCCUGGGCGCAAACCUGACCAUUCGCACACAGGUCGGGAUCAACACACCGAUGAUCCGUGCCAUUGAGGACGGAACAGUCGUAUCACCGUGCUUUGUGUUCUGGCAACGCUGGGGCCUUCGUUUUUGCAGAUGUUGA